GUAAUCGUUGUGUAGUUUUUUUCUGUUUGUGUUUUUUCAGGAGUGCGCAGCAGCUGCUCCAGUAAACUACUGCCAUCUUUACCUCAGCUUAACAGUUAGUUCAGAUUUUGGGCCCAGACAAUGGCUGGCGACAACGAGGACACCGCCCUGAAAGAAGCCAGGAGACGUGAGCGUCAGGUAACUUUGGAGAAUACUGACUCGGACAUCGGGUUUUGCGGCUGGCUGCUGGUCGGCCUCUCCCUCCUCCUCGUGCUGCUCACCCUGCCCUUAUCUAUCUGGAUGUGCAUCAAGAUCGUGAAGGAGUACGAGAGGGCCAUUAUCUUCCGCCUGGGGCGCAUUUUGCGUGGUGGAGCCAAAGGACCGGGUUUGUUCUUCAUCGUGCCGUGCACCGACAGCUUCAUUAACGUGGACAUGCGCACCAUCACCUUCGACAUCCCACCUCAAGAGGUUCUGACCAAAGACUCGGUGACAGUGAGCGUUGAUGGCGUGGUCUACUAUCGCGUCCAGAAUGCCACCCUGGCUGUGGCCAACAUCACUAACGCGGAUGCAGCCACGCGCCUGCUGGCCCAGACCACCCUGAGGAACGUGCUGGGCACCAAGAACCUGGCCGAGAUCCUGUCCGACCGCGAGGAGAUCGCGCACAGCAUGCAGUCGUCACUGGAUGACGCCACGGAUGACUGGGGAAUCAAGGUGGAGAGGGUGGAGAUCAAAGAUGUGAAGCUGCCCCUCCAGCUCCAGAGAGCCAUGGCGGCUGAGGCAGAGGCGAGUCGCGAGGCCAGAGCCAAGGUGAUCGCCGCCGAGGGGGAGAUGAACGCGUCGCGGGCGCUCAAGGAGGCCUCCCUGGUGAUCGCAGAGUCUCCGUCCGCCCUGCAGCUGCGCUACCUGCAGACCCUCAACACCAUCGCUGCCGAGAAGAACUCCACCAUCAUUUUCCCGCUGCCGCUGGAGAUGAUGCAGGGCCUCAUCAAACACUGAGGAGGCUAAAUUCCACACACUAACACAGCACGGAUCACCUGACAUAUUACACAGUCCCUCCCUCUGUUAGGCAUUCCUCUGUAACCAUCAGGUAACCGAGUGGGCUUAUUUUCAAGGUUUCCUAUUAAUAAGCCACGAAUUAGUAAUUAUUGGUGUGGCACAGCUGAUAGAAAGUUAUUAUAUAUAACACUGCUGGGGUGGGUUUUAUUGUGAAUUUCCACUUGUGGUGUUUUGCAGUGAACCAUGGCAAACACACCUACAGCAGCCCAAUUUACUGCUGUAGAAGCCUUGAGGCAAAGCCUAAGCCAAACCCCUUUUUUACAUAGCAGGGAUUGAAACUCAUAAUUAAUUAUAUUAGGGAAUUUUACAAGAUAUGUCAUAGAUUAAAAAAUAAAUAAACUGGGAUGAACACAAAUAGAGUCAUUAUAUAAAAAGCUCAUCUCUCCAUCAGCUCUUGUCCAUUCAGCAUGCUCGCUCAGUCAGUCCAGAGCCAGAGGUGUCAGACGCCCAGCAAAAUCUCCAGCGGCUGGCUCGGCGUGCCUGCCAAUAGCUGACCGCUGACUGAAUUCGGAAAUUGUGUAUGAGCCUUAAACCAAAUCAGCGAGAGUGCAGUUUAACUCUUAUCUUGUUACAUUUUUGUUACAACUGUAGAAAUUGUGAGUUUAAGUGCCUGAUAGAUAUGUGGUCUACAGCUGCACACACACACACACACCCUGGUCUAUAUAUUUCUCAGCACCGGUACAGCUGCCAGCAUCUCAGUGCUGCAGUUAUUUAAAGUGUUUUCAUUAUAUAAGUAUUCUGACUGUACUGCCUGUUACUAUUGCCAAAACCUUACUGAAUGUGUUUUAGACUAAUUUUAAGUGUAAAACUCGGACUAACCUUAGACCUGACAUCAUCGUUGUUACCUUUACCUUUAGUCUCUCCCGCUCGUUGGAUGUGAUUGUGAGGAUGAAGGACAAAAAGCUGACAUGUUUGUGUGAAAUGUUGAAUUUGGGCUUCAAACCUUGAAUGCUGUGAAUAUUGUUAAUGUAAUGUAUUCCACUUCGCUCCACUGACCAUGAAGAAGCAGGGAGUCGUGUUUGAAUAAGCUGGUCAGAAAGCGAGGAUCAGUCAGAGUUACCAAGUAAUUAUACAGACACAUACACACACAGCUUUUCUCUAGUUGCCACUAUACUGCUACAUUAUAAGCUGAAACAAGUCGAUGGUUGCUGAACUUGUGUGUUUACUCUAAACUCUCUAAUGAUCCACAGCAUGUAACGGGUGGACAAGCGGUUCAAACACCCACAGAUUCAUCUGACACAGUCAGAAGAUGGGCCUGAGCAGCCACGCCUCAGUACAUGGCUGUCAGUUGUUUCUUUUAUCUUGUUCAUCCCGUCAACCUGUGUGGCUUCAUUGGCUGCUUAGGUGAAACAGAGGCUGUAAAUCUUACAACCAAAGGCCUUAAUGUACUGACAUGUAUUCAUUUUACAGUCCAGUAUCACUCUAUGCACUUCUAUACAAAGUUAUCUAAAGAAGUUACUUUACCUAUUUUAUUUUUUUUUAAUGAUAUUUUAUCACUUGCGCUCAAAAGCCAAAUACUAGCCUUUGUAUUAAUCUGUAGUAUAUCUGCAGCUUGCAUGUGUUUCCCUCUUUUUAGCAUUUCAAGAACAGAGUUUCUAAAUGUAGCUUGCAUUGUUUAGUCUGUCUGUGAUCAAGCAGUGUUUUAUAUAUAGAGCCCUGUGAAGUUUAUUAUAGUUUUGCUGUUGCCUCACGAAGGGCUCGGUUUUGUGGGACAAACAGGUUUAAGUUACCUGUCGCUGCAGGAUACAAAGGCUGUGACAUUAUACUACACUAACUUUUAUCUCUUUUUUUGCUGUUACAGUGAAAGAGGAGUAUCAGAUGCUGUGGAGCUUAUGUUAAGUCAAAACAUGUGUGUUGAAGUUGGAUUCAGGAUUAUUGUUGGUGUUUGCUUUGCUGACAAACGUAUAUGAUUUUGUCUUGAGAUAUGUAUAUGACAGAUAAAGGUGACAAAUAAAGAUCUGACUGAAAA